AUGGAGAAGAAAUUAUUAAUAGAGGAUAGAGGUUAUGAUGAAGGUAUUAAGGAAGCUAGAACUCCACUUAAAAAGGUAGAUGCUGAUGUUAAAACUCGUUGGAAUUUGACUGAAUUAAUGUUGGGCAGAGAUUUGGAAUUGCAAAAGGCACUUCAUAAUAUUGCAUCAUCACAAAGAGAACUUAAAACUUAUGUACUCUUAAGUAAUGAGUGGAUUAACAUAAGGAGAUUCUUAAAUUCAUGCGGGUUGGAAGCUACAGAUUACAUAUCAGGACAUUUGUAUCCUGCAUUUGCAUUCGGCAUUCCA